AUGAAGAGGCUUUUUUAUCCCACAUACCUGGAAUGUGAUCACAGCACAGAGGCAGCAGGGGAAGGGUGUGGAAGGCUUGCUCAGAGACACGACAUAGAACCGGCAUUCAGAAUGGCAGCCUUGUCCACUUUAAUCCUCCUUUUGUGUGCUGCUAAAGAUGUGAUGCCCUCCAGUUCUCACUGGAAGCCAACUUGGCCGUCUUACAGAGUUCCAGUCAUCCUGCCACAGUCUACCCUUAACUUGGACAAACCGCAGUUUGAUGCUGAAGCCAGACUGGAAGUGGUAUCUCCCUGUGGCCCAGCGUGCCACAAAAGCUCCCCGCUGCCAACUUACGAAGAAGUGAAGAACUACCUGUCCUAUGAAACCUUGUACGCUAAUGGUAGCCUCACUGAAACUGAAGUGGGCAUAUAUAUUCUGAGCAACAGCGAUGAUGGGUCUCAAGGCAAAUCUCGAACUAAGAGGCAGAUCUAUGGCUAUGACAGCAGGUUUAGCAUUUUUGGGAAAGACUUCUUGUUGAAUUACCCAUUCUCCACAUCAGUGAAGCUUUCUACAGGUUGCACAGGGACGCUAGUGGCUGAAAAGCAUGUUCUUACUGCCGCUCAUUGUAUCCACGAUGGCAAGAGUUACGUCAAAGGAGCUCAGAAACUGCGGGUGGGGUUCCUAAAGCCCAAACUGAAAGAUGGCAGCAAAGGGGCCAAUAUCACCAACUCAGCAAUGCCUGAGAAAAUGAAAUUCCAGUGGAUCCGAGUGAAACGGACACAUGUCCCCAAAGGAUGGAUCAAAGGCAAUGCCAAUGACAUUGGCAUGGAUUAUGACUAUGCCCUGCUGGAGCUCAAGAAGCCUCAUAAAAGAAAGUUUAUGAAGAUAGGUGUGAGCCCACCGGCAAGACACUUGCCUGGAGGGAGGAUUCACUUCUCUGGUUACGACAAUGAUCGUCCAGGAAACCUGGUUUACCGUUUCUGUGAUGUCAAAGAUGAAACGUAUGACCUGUUGUACCAGCAGUGCGAUGCCCAGCCGGGUGCGAGUGGAUCUGGGGUGUACGUGAGGAUGUGGAAGAGGCAGAAUCACAAAUGGGAGCGUAAAAUUAUUGGAAUAUUUUCGGGCCAUCAGUGGGUGGACAUGAAUGGCACCCCACAGGAUUUCAAUGUAGCUGUUCGCAUCACACCCCUCAAAUACGCACAGAUCUGUUACUGGAUCAAAGGCAACUACCUUGACUGCAGGGAAGGAUAA